AGGGUGCCAGAGCAGUAGAUGUUAGUAAUCCAGAGAAGGCCAGAUUGCCCAAAUUACUACACUAUUAACUUCAGAAACGAUUUCCCCCCCGUUUUCUUUUGCAUCCUCUCAAAUGAUGGAGAGCAGGAUCAGACCCCUCAGCCUGUCCGGGCUCCCCGCCAAUCCUCUCGGUAGCUUGCAAAUGCCACCUUCACUCCUGCGCCCUCCGCCUCUCUUCCUACGGUCCUGUAACCCGUCGCUAGAUAGGGGAUAUCCCCGGACCCCGAAGUGCGCCAGAUGCAGGAACCACGGCGUCGUCUCUGCGCUGAAAGGGCACAAGCGCUUUUGCCGCUGGAGAGACUGUGUUUGCGCAAAGUGUACCCUAAUAGCGGAGAGGCAGCGGGUGAUGGCCGCACAGGUUGCACUGAGGAGGCAACAAGCGCAGGAGGAGAGCGAAGCCCGAGAACUCCGGAUUUUGUAUCCCAGUUCAGCGAUUGGAGGUGAGGCAGGAAUCCCUCAGGGGUCACAUUUAGGCACCGGGGUGCCAGCAUCCACCAGCAGCACUCCAGCAGCCCCCAACUUUGACGUUUUUGGAGCUCAGAAUCAUAAAGAUGAUGACAAACUAAGUAAAUACAAUAUUUACAACGGAUUCAUGGGUCGAACCCUCUUUGCACAUCAUAACGCACGGGCGCCCUCUCCAAGUGACAAAAACGAGCCGUCUCCAGGCGAGGACCACUCGGCUCCACUCAAAGGGGACGGUGGAGGGUCACCGCCGCUGUGCGACCGGCUCUCAGAACACACCCGGAGUCCCCAGGGCUCGCUCUCCUCGUCCGAUCUGGAGUCUGGCAGCGAGUCAGAGAAACCCAACCAGUCUGUGGAGCGCGACCCCACCGACAUCAUGGCGAGGAUCUUCCCCAAUCAGAAGCGCGACACCUUGGAGUCUAUGGUGAAAACGUGCAAAGGUGAUAUUGUGAAAUCCAUUGAGCUAGUGUUGAGCUCCAAGGACAACAAACUUGAUAGUGGUAGUUUAUCUACGUCUACACUUCCGAGUCCGAUCAGGCCUUCUGUUGGACUGUCCGGAGCCCUGGGCAGCAAGUCUGCCUUCUCCCCCCUGCAUGCGCCACCGGCCCCUGGGGGGGACAGCCUGUACGGGCUGAGCCCUCGCCUGGGCGUCAGUCCCCUGCGGCUGGCCUACUCUCCCACAAGCGGUUUUAUGUCGCCCUACAUGACAUCGGGACUGAUGCCAAUGUUGGCUCUGCGUCCGCCCAUGGACUCACAUUCCUUCCCGGGCAUCAUUCGAGACUUUUCUUAUGUUCAGAGCAAGGAGUCCCUAUGCAAUGCAGGCCUUUACGCGCGCCUCAACAAUGACAAAUGAGGUAUUUGAAUCUAUCCAUGAGAAAUGUCUUUGAUAAGUUUUGUCUUAAAGUGCCUCAAACCAAGUUACUAUGCUUAAUUAAACGACUGAAUUUGAACAUAAUUCAUUUCAAACUUUUGUGUAAAGAUUUUGUAUUAUUAAUGAAAUUAUCUAUCUAUCUAUCUAUCUA